CAAUCAUUUGAACUUGCACUUUCCUUCAAGCGAUUAUUGUUACUCUUUUUUUUUUUCCAUGUCCGUUCCCCAUGAUGCCCGAAAAGGUGUCUUUGGCCACUCAUUCGUCAUUCCUUCGUUAAACUCGGGCGGCAAUGCGGCAUACCCUCCCUAUUUUGAUGUUAUCAUCGCAGGUGGCAUUGGCGGCUCGGCAGCGGAUGCAAUAAUGCACAGUGUGGACACUGUCAAGACUCGUCUUCAAGGGCAACCUUUGCAUCGACCUUUCAAAUAUACCAACAUGAUGCAAGCAUAUCGACUGAUUCUCAAAGAGGAAGGAGUACUACGAGGUCUUUAUGCAGGCGUGACACCGGCCAUGCUGGGCUCAGUUCCAGGGACACUUGUGUAUUUCUCUAUUUACGAGUUCACGAAACGGACCUUGACGUCAAAUAGCGUACCGGAAGUGGUGUCUCACCUGGCGGCUGGUUCUCUGGGUGAUUUGGCCGCUUCGAUUGUCUACGUACCUUCUGAAGUCCUGAAAACACGCAUGCAAUUACAAGGACGGUACAACAAUCCCCAUUUUAUCAGUGGUUACAAUUAUCGAAAUACAUGGCAUGCAGCCUCGGUGGUGGUGAAAUAUGACGGAUGGGGCGCUUUAUUCCAUGGCUUCAAAGCGACGAUUUUACGUGAUGUUCCUUAUUCUGCUAUUCAAUUUGCAUGUUACGAACGGUUCAAGAAAAUUGCGCAUCAAAAGUGUGUUGGACCUGGAGAGCAGUUGCCGGUGGGAAUUGAUCUGUUGACGGGCUCGUUGGCAGGAGGUAUUGCCGGUGCUGUUACGACGCCUUUGGAUGUAAUGAAAACGGUGCUUCAAACGCAACACAGUGAAAAAAAGCCGACACGCGUUUCGGGUAAAACCGUAAGCUUUGAAUCCGCCACGACUGCGGCAUCCGCAGCCACCACCAGCCAUCCAUCCAAAAUAGCGGCAGCGACAGCGACACCCACUGCGGCGACGAAUACUGUGGUAGCACCACCAAAACAUUACAGCGGGAUCGUGGAUGGGUUAAUGUGGAACUACAAGCAUCAAGGCAUGAGUGGACUGUUUCGUGGUAUUGGACCAAGAGUGUUCUGGACGAGUUUACAGAGUGCCAUCAUGUUUGUGAUUUUCGAACAAGUAUUGCACGUUGAAGAAUCGCUGAGAAGCAAAGGCGAAUGGCCUCCGACCGCACUAGCAGGUCAUGUCCUGAGUGGUUGAAGAAACGAAACAUCAGCAAACGGGUGAAUGGAAAGCUUUUUACAUAUAUCCCACGCUUUCUGGAGCGCAGCAUUUUUUUUUUCUUCCUUUUGUUUUUUUCUUAUUGUAGAUGUUAUUAUAUUUUCGUCGUUUCUGCGUUUCUUUUCUUGGAAGGGGCUUUUUAUUUUAUUACUUGGACAUAGAUGGACGGCGGCCGAUGGUGGACGAUACUUUCCUGGAUUAACACCGAUUAGACGUCUUGGCCGUGGAGGGCUCCCUUUCCUUACUUGUAUAUCAACCAGAAGAUGGUUUCGUUUACCAAUUAUCAAAAAGCUUUUUUUUUUUUUUUAAUUCCUCUUUUUUCUCCCUGCUAAAGCAGCAACUCAAACAAAUCAUCAGUCCCUCCCCACCUUUUUUUCUUUCUUAUUUUCAUUUACAUCGAUGGAUCCAUUCCAAUUUUUGUAUAUGAUUAUUCAAAUCGUCAAAAAAUAGAUUUUUUUUACAUAAGCC